AUGGCCUUUGGAAUGGCCAGCCCAGCGAUUUACUUCCAACUUUUCUCGUUUUGUAUCUUGAGUAGACAUGUUCUCGCUAAUCAAACCGUUGAGAAUGACGUUAUUCAAGAAACUCUCAGAGUUAUGUUGGGUUUCAACCAAGUUCCAACAGAAAUCACAACGGAGCCUCUGCUAUUACCGUCUCGUCAAGCUACGGAUUACAUGAAGACUUUGUACAAAGUUUAUGUGAAUGAUGAUGGGUCGGAUGAUGGUAACAUAGCACGCAACAUACAACCAUCCGUAGGAAAAAUUGAUGGUCAAGAAGUUUUGAUUUUCGACAUUUCUUCUAUCGGUGAAGGGGAACAGAUUAUGCGAGGUGAACUCCAUUUCCAUUUGAGAAAGCGUGCAAUCUCUCGCCGGCGAAUGAAGGCCCUGACUGCAAAAGCAUUAUGUACCAAUGAGUAUUGCGUUGAAUCUCAAUACCUACAUCAUUUGAACCCAACCAAUAACGAGAUUAUUUGGGAUUCAACCAAAGCCAUGGUUGAAACUCAUGCACUCGGUGGAAAACAACUAGUUGUUCGUAUCAAUCGAAAAGAUGUUAAAAUGAGAACCUACAGCGAAAUGGUACGAAGAAGCACCCCAUUCCUCCUUGUUUUCUCUCAAGCGGAUAAUAUCCUUGAUGGAGAGAAAGUUGAAGAAGAAGUUGCACGAGCUCGGAGACGUAGACGUGAGACAAAUGCGUAUUAUGUUUAUAACGAGAAUGAAGAAACGUCCACUUCUUCUCAAAAAGCAGCUAAAGAGUUUGAAAUGCAUCAAGAAACGAGAGUGCGUAAGCCAGCUGUUGUCAAGAAGUUGUCUACGGUAGACAAGUCAAUUAAACUGAGAGCACAACGACGUCAUAAGCAAAUCAAAGACGACAUAUGGGAAGGCUUUGGAGUUGAUGCCGAUGAAGAUGAAAAUGAAGAUGAGACCAGUGAUAAUGGAAUAGAUGAGUUGAGCGAGGUAACAUCCAAUGAUGUUAGAGUUGUGUUGUUACACGCUCAAGAGAAAGAAAAGGUUUGUGCACGACGUCCGUUGUCAGUUGAUUUCAUGAAAUUGGGAUGGAACAAGUAUGUGAUUGCUCCUCCAUACUUUGAGGCAGGAUAUUGUGCCGGAACAUGUUCAUACCCAUUGAAGAAGUCUUCGAACCCAACAAAUCACGCAGUUCUACAGUCUCUACUACUACCAUCAGCAACUUCGAUUGUUUGCUGUAGUCCAACUGAAAUGCAAUCAUUGACCAUUCUUUAUCUACAUCAAAAUGGGCAGAUGAUUAUUAAGAACUUCCCGAAUAUGAUCGUUCGUUCAUGCUCUUGUAAUUAA